GCUGACCUGGAGCUUUCCUCAUCCUAUCUUCACUUUAUUUUAUUCAUAUUGCAAACUUACGUCUGCUAUGGCUGAUUCAACUGAUCUGUCCGCCAGUCGGCAAGCCAAUCUGUAUGCAGCAGAUAUCAUCACAUUUUUUGCAGCUGUAGUGGCCGUAGGACUUCGCAUCUGGUCGCGGCGAGUUGCUGGUGCUGGCUUAUGGUGGGAUGAUCUCUUUAUUUGCAUAGCACUGGUUGGCGGUAUUGCGAUGAUGAUUAAUUUUUGUUGGUGGAUACCAAAUGGAUUUGGUAAACAUAUGGCGGCUUUUGGCCCUAGAGCGGAGUAUAAUUUCUUCUUGGGUUUCUUCAUGGCUGAAGUGAUAUACACUGUCAUCAUCGUCUUCGUCAAAUACUCUAUUCUGGCCUUGUACUGGCGAGUUUUCCGAAGCACGAGCAUCAAAUGGCCAGUAGCUAUAUUAGCAGCGAUAGUCACAUCUUGGGGAAUCGCAGUUCUUUUUCUUUCCAUUUUCACCUGUGUGCCCCCAAAAGGCUUUUGGGAUAAAGACAUACAUGCUUCUUGCAAUGUCAAUAGCCAACAGUUCUUGAUCGGUAUAUCGGUUCCUAAUAUCCUUACGGAUGUUGCUCUGCUGUUGUUACCAAUCCCAUAUGUUCUGCGAUUGAAUACUGCCUGGUCUCAGAAACGACUUUUGAUGGGCACAUUCAUGCUUGGAGGAUUCGUCUGCAUAGCAUCAAUUAUGAGAUUGAUUAGUGUUUGGCAGCAAAAUGCGCAUUCGGACUUUAGCUGGAAUUGGGUGGAUCAGGGAAUAUGGGCAGUCGUGGAGAGUAAUUUUGCAAUAGUAUCAGCUUGUCUUCCAACCCUGCGCAUCGUAUGGGUGUGUAUAUCCAGACGCAAGAAGAAUGAAACAUCACCACCGUCCUCGGACAGACCAGCAAUUUGGACAAUUGGUUCGGGGCCAAGCAAACAAAAUCGCAAAAGAAAAGGGGAUUUUACUCUCGGAGAAUCUAUGUCAACGGAUUCAACGCACCCGUUCACAAGCUUACAUGAUGCUGAGGAAGGCAAUCUCUCUGUGAACAAGGUGCAUGUACGUUCAAGCAUAGAGGUACAUUCAGAGAGAGAUACUGUGAGUUCUCCUUAUCAGGAGAACUUUAAUAUGGUUCCAUUGAGAAAAUUAUAAGAGUUGUCGAAAAGGAAGGCCUUUUCUCUCGUUUCAGGAAUUCUAAACGUAUUUCAUUUCGAUUCAGAGCGCGCGCAUGUUUAAAACUAAAAAUUCCUCUAUCAAUAUAAGUCACAUCUAUCUGCUCUCAUGCUGCUAUUACUGUUCUAGUUAGUGCCUCAGAACUCUGUGCACCAUUCAACAAGUGUAAGCACGGCUGGUGUCAUUUUGCCAGGCUAUUUUUCGUAAAUUCAUUCAAACAUCAUAUUUUGAUCAGUUUGUCGAUAUACAAACGGUGUCAUCGAUUUAAUGUGCACAAAUCCAACAAUAAUAAAGAAGCUCUGCGGCCUCAGACCUUGCUAGGAUCUUGGAGGAGGGCUUGCCUCCAAUAAGGCGAUUCAGUUUGAGUAUGGUUGUCUCGAAUGACCUUUAUCCGACAAAACAUAGUGGAGGAGACAUACUGUCUCACAUUGUAUGAACUCUGACAGCUCUAUCAAGUUUUUGUUUAGUUCGUCGUGCAACAUAGGAAGCGAGUCUAUGUCGGCUAUAAAAUGGGGAUCGAUCGAGGGAGUGGGGCGGCUCACGUCAAGGCUUUGUACUCUCCUGCAAUAAUUCAAGCAUUUCAAUACCUCUCAAAGCACGCAAGAAGAAUAUACAACA